GACGUUCUCUCUUCAACACCAUUAACUCUAAGACAAAACACGUAUAAAAGUUGGAAGAAUGCAUUUGCAUUCCAUUAGUAUUCACACCAGCUGCCAGAAUGCACUCGGUUAAUAUUCACAAAGUCAUAAGUCGAUUGAUUUCCGUCCUUUAUCGGAUUGGAUUUUGGCACCAUGGUGACAAGAUUACUCGUACUAAGCUCGGGAUGCAGACAUUCUAUUCCGUCUAUUAUUCUUUUUUCACUUACACAUUGGCCCUUGGUGCAUUUAAAAGUGAAAAUGUAAGCGAAUCCAUAUUCGCAGCAGAAGUAUCAAUUGCAGUGGGAGUUUUGGUCGUGAAAUUGUGGGUUUUGAUGAGGAACCAGAAGCAAAUUUUGAAUUUGCUAGAUCGGAUCUGUGUCUUUUCGAUUCAAUAUGGCGAUGACUUCAGAUUUUUCAAUCAAAAAUUGGGAAAAUUUAUGACCUUUGCGACUGCAUUUUUAUGUGCUUCUACCAUGGCAUGUGUCAUAGAAGUUAUCGUUUUUCCGAUUAUUUAUAGAAAUGAGAGAACUCUAAUUUACGACAUUGAAUUUCCACUGUUCGAUUGGAGAAAAAACAAAAUCGUGUACUGGAUUGCCUAUAUUUUCCUUGGUACUGAACUUUUCAUCACAUUGAUUGUUCUCGUAUUUUCCGUUAUGGUGUGGUACAUUAUACUUGUAUGUUCGUUAAGAUAUCAAGUUCUAGCAAGAGAGAUCAGAAAAAUGGGCUCGACAAUGGAAGAAAAUGGAAGUUUAAAAUUCUCGAAAAUGGAAAAGUGCGACCAUUUUGUCCUGGAGUUGGAAAAAUCGAUCCAUGAUCACAUAAACUUGAGGAGACUCAUCGAAAAACUGGCAUCACUGACAUCGAAUUUAUUUCUUAUUCAAUUUGCGACCAGUGGCCUCUGCAUCUGUGGCUCAAUUUAUGGCUUGGCAUUUGAUACAACCAACAAUUUUGCGAAAACUAUGGUCCAUGUCUACACAAUGUUUUACCACAUUUCCGAAUUGUUCAUGAUUACGUACUUGGGUAACGAGAUUUUGGUAUCUAGCGACCGUCUCACUUACAGCUUGUUUGAAUCCAAUUGGGUCGAGCAGCCGCAAUCGACCAAGACGUGCAUGCUUAUUUUUGCCGAAUAUUCGAAGGAACCGCAUCAAUUGCUGGUCGCUAAAUUGUAUCCACUAACCUUGGAAACGUUUAGAAGGGUAAGCGGGGCGUUCGAUCCGUCGGUUUCAUCUAACAUUUCCAUUACAGAUUUUAAAGUCAGCUUACAGCCUAUUCAACAUUUUGAAAAGCACUAACAAUUAAUAUUUGGAGCAAGAAAAGAGGUUUUGAGCCAACUUCGUACUCCACUCAAGAUAAUUUACUUUUUGUGCUCACUAUACUCGUGAAAUACGACAGUCUUGGAACAAUAUUUUUAUACAUUAGGAAUCCUUACUUUCUCUUCUUUUCAUCCUUUAUACUCUCAAAUUGAAUGUCCAAAUUAAUUCCCCUUGACAUACAGUCAAAGGCAGUCAAUUUUCAGCAUAAAUUAGCUUCAGCUGUUUUUCAGCUGAUCCAUAUAAACA